GUUCCAAUCUAGCAAACCCAACAGAUGGCAGUCCCUCACGCACUCUCGAAGUUUGUGCUUCAACGUUGUCUUCCGUCUUCGCAGUCGCCAGACAAUUCAAUGCACUCCAAUGCUUCUGUUCUAGCUCAUCACUUCAACUAGUCUCUCAUUGCAAUUUCAUGCUGCUCUUGCUUUGCAUCUCACGGACUCUUUAACGCAUCUCAUCAGUCCUCUUUGCCGAGGAAUUCUUCAACCACGAAGUUGGUGGGUUGGUGUUGUGAGUUGGGUCUAGGAAAUCUUCGCUGAUGAUCAAGUUGAAGAUCUUUCAAAAGACGUGGUCCUCGCAUGGUAGCAUGGCGCGUGUUUUCUGAGUUCGGCGGAAUCUAGGAGAUGAUAUCGCACAUAAGUACAUGUAGUAUGAAUUCUACUAUGUGAAGGAGCUUCUGUAAAGCGUUCAAAAUUUGUGGCAGCUUUUAUUUGUAGUCGAGGAGUGAGCAAGGAACCAUGGCGUCCAUGCUAUACCGACAGGAGAGCGAGGUUGCAAACGAGUUGAAACUGGCUUUGGAGGAGGCAUGUCUGGAGCUCGGAGUUUCCCUGUCUAAUGCCUUUUCGCCUUCUGCAUUGUGGCUGUUUGAUGCUAACAAUGGAGAUCCGGCUUUGGCAGAUUUGGCAUCUUGGGUCAAUAUCACUCGACGUCGCAGUUAUCGACCAUCUCCUCUUAAUAAAUAUCGCAAAUAUUCACUACCAUCACUGGACGAUGCAGAAACCUCUGAAAAGGAACUUGAGGAGAGAGUUGAAGACGACAAAGUUGAAAUCCUUUCAGAUGGUGAAGGGAGUGACAUCCAAGCACUCCCGGAAAUGAGAUUGAAAGAGAGAUUAAGCAACGCUGCAGAGCUUGAUGUGUUGGCUAAGGAUCUCGAUUGGAGCAAUCUGUUGUCUGUGCAUAGAACUGAGCAUGCACAAUCUGAAGAUGAUGAAAGUUCAGAUGGUCGAGACUCCAUUGGUUCUAUAGAGAUGACGGUGAAUUCCGGAGGAGUGGUAUAUUUUGCGAUGUUUCGAAAAAACCACGUGGAAUCUGGAAAUGAUGAUUCUGAAGAAAAUGAAAAUAUCAAGUAUGAAGCUGCAGCAGUUUUCAAGUUCGGAUCCUCUAGAUUAGCCACUCAAUCUGAGCGUUUGGGCAUCGAAAUCGCUCGUCACUUGGGUGUAGCGACACCACAGGCAAGAGUGAUCCACAACAACUCAUCAGAGUGGAUGCAAAUUCAAGAUGCUGUGGUAGCCGUGAGAGAGACAGAUAAAGCAAAUGAGAAUGUGAUUGGCCUUCAGACCUGUGAGGAGCUACUCGAAGCUUUGCACCUCAGCCGUUGCAUGCUUAUUAUGGGCUACAUCCGUGGGAAGCCGCUAGCGGAGAGCAAGCAAGCCUUUGCUUCAGAGAAAGUAGCUGUGAAAACUGCUAUUGCGCUUGGUCGGACGCUUGUUCUAGAUAUGGUUCUCAGAAACGAAGACCGCUUGGUUUGCCAUACAUUAGGCUGGCGAGGAAACUCUGGUAACCUACUUGUCACUGAGGAAGUACCUCAUGGGCUUGACCAACUGGGUCCACCUGUACUCGAUUCAAAGCAAAUUUCGGGAGGGUCUGGGUUCACUAGGCAGAGACGGACGCAGUCUUUAGCGGCAUUGUCUACGUCAUCCAAUACCGACAUACUGGUCCAGCUGCCGAAGAUGCACCGAUCACCUUCGCCCGAGCUUAGCCACGCAGGAACUGCGCAGUCCCAUGCAUUACAAAACUUGCUGGUUCCAGAAGAGUCUGAGGCCCUGGCAUCAAAGAUGGGCGAGUUGAAGAUGAAAGAUAAAAAGGAGGAGCCUUCAUGUUUGCUUGUAGCAAUUGAUUCCGGGGUUUCCCGCCGACCCCCAGGAAUGAAGAUUGAACAUGACCGCCGGAUUUACUCGAAGACGAUUGAACUGCUUCUCCAUGAUGAGGAGACAGCUGGAAACCUCUUGAGAGAAAUCAGUUUUGGGUACUUGGGACCACCAUUCGAGAAUGAAAAAACAAGUGAAGCAGACUUUUCUGGUGAACCUGCCACUCCACCAGAAGAGUUUGACCAUCAUAAGAUCAUUAGAGCAUUUCAGAGAGGAGUAAUAGUAGGCAUUCGUGACAUGCAAGUCCUGCGGAUGUUCAUGGUCAAACUAUUCCGCACUCUCGACCAACUUCUACGGGAGUUCAUGGCUUACGUAUCUAAUCUACCAGACGAAGAGGGUUCGAAAACUGAGACUGAGGUGACAAAACCACCAGUUGAAGAAACUCAACCUUCUGAUGUGAAAGUUUCACCAGAGAAUGGUACUCCACAGAAACCAUCUGGCUCUACUUCGAUGAUGAGUUCUGAACAACAAGAAUCUCCUCAAAGUUUACCAAGUGGCCCUGUGUCGACUCCAAUCCGAGAAAAGUCACCUCGAGUUUCAAUGCUGAAAAUUAGUCCUUCCUCUCUUCGAAAGUCACCUGUGUCGUCUCCAAGAUUGAACUCACCGAACAAAAUAUCGCCAGUUCGUGAAAGCUGGCAUAAAAAGGGAAGCCCCGGUCGCAUGACUUUUAAGCUUAAAGAUGUCAGCAAAACUGCCAAGAUUGAUUGUGAGUGGAGCAAAAAACUAGAAUGGUGGGACGAGAAAAUGCGGAGUGAAGGACAAAAGCUAUGCAAAGAUCACAAAUUUACUACUGGAUUCUUGGAAGGUGGUGGCUCCCAUAGUGUGGUCGAUAGUUACGAGCUCAAGGUGAGGUUGGAACACAUCUUGGAGCGGAUGAUAAUGAUUUCAAACGGGUCGGAUACAGAGAAACCAUCAUGUGUUCUAUCUCCCUCCUUGUACAUAGGCAGUGCCCUCGCCGCCAGGUCAGUAAACACGCUACAACACUUGCGCAUAACUCACGUCUUGUGCCUUUGCCCCUCCGACCUCGAGGAUGCGAAUGUGGGCGACUUCCCGGAGUUGUUCACCUACAAACAUCUUGAGGUGAAAGAUGUAGAAGAUGAAAACAUAGCGGCUCAUUUUGAAGAAGCAUGUUCUUUCAUAGCGCAAGCUGAGGGAGAUAAUAAGACAAUUUUAGUGCACUGCUUUGAGGGCAAGAGCCGGAGUGCCACUAUGGUGUUGGCCUAUCUUAUGCUUCGCAAAGGACACACACUUGCACAAGCAUGGUCGAUAUUGAAAACUGCUCACCGACGUACCCAACCGAACGAUGGUUUCAUGAAGACUUUGGUGGAGCUGGAUAAAAAAUUACACGGAAAAGCAUCAAUGACCUUCUUAAAGCGUCGACCAGCGGGCCAAAGGUGCCCCAUAUGUGACAAGGUCGCAGGGUUUAGCAUCGUUGCCUUGCAGCAGCACAUCAGGAGGGUUCACCCUGGCAUCCCACUUCAUUCGCAGUCUGCACCUAUUGUUUAGUCUACCCUCUCCUGCUUCAUCCUCGUGAUGAGUUACACUUCGUACUUGUAGAGUAUGGAAAUGAUCAGUUACACUUUUUACUUGUAUAGUAUGAAAAUUAUUUUAACUACCCAGUCCAACACUUAUGUUGAAAUGGGUGGUUGACACGAAUAUGGGACUUGUACACAUAUACAGGGAUAUUAGGUUGGCUCAGGCUACUCGUCAAUAUUCUGUUUAGAAGAAAUAUUAUCAUUUUUGAGGAUGUCUGUUUUGUGUAACAAUAACUACCUGUGAUAGAAAGUAGAUUUCAUGAAGUGGGCCAUUUUUUUUGGAAAUUGUGUUACGAUGAACACUACUAAUCACCUGGCUUUUACAGCUC